AUUCUGCGCUGUCAUAUUUUACACAGUUUUGACACAUUCCGCACCGGACGUGGGAACCUGUACUGCGUUUUAAAAAGCCGUCAAGGCAGAACAUUCACGCGGAGUCGCUAAAGCUUCUAGAAGCUUCUCCCGGCAUGCACUGCGCGUCCAAUAUGGAGGAACUGACGGUGGAGGUUCGUGGCUCCAACGGGGCUUAUUAUAAGGGAGUUGUUACAGAUGUCCAUGAAGACUCGCUCACAGUUGUCUUUGAAAAUAAUUAUUUUUAAUAUCAUUUAGCUGGCAGCCAGAGCGACAGGUCCCUUUCUGCGAUGUACGACUGCCACCCCCUGCAGGCGGCAAAAGGAACAUCGGGGAAGGUGACCAGGUCGAGAUUUUCUCAAGAGCCAAUGAGCAGGAUCCUUGUGGCUGGUGGUUGGCUAGAGUACGCAUGAUAAAAGGCGAUUUUUACGUGAUUGAAUAUGCAGCCUGCGAUUCCACCUACAACGAAAUCGUCACAUUUGACCGGCUCCGGCCCAUAAACCUGAACGGGGCAGUGAUGAAGGGCACCUUCUUAAAAUGUUUGGUUCCAAUCCCUGAUGAGUUAAAGGCAGCAUGUGAAGAUGAGCUUGUGCAUAGAGACUUCAGAAAGGCAGUGGGAGCGUGCAAGAUCUUCUACAAUGCAGAAAUUAAGAGUUUGGUUGUACUGUCCAGAAAUGAAAGCACAGUGAAGCGUGUUUCUUUACUGAGUGACAUGCACCUCCGAGGUAUUCGUACAAAAUCACUGCUUGUGUCCAGAAAUGAAGAGGCAACAAAACACUUGGAGAACACGAAGCAGCUUGUGGCUGCUUUCCAAGAGGAGUUUGUCAUCAAGGAGGACUUGAUGGGCCUGGCCAUCGGCAGCCACGGCAGUAACAUCCAGCAGGCCAGGAAAGUGCCAGGGGUUACGGCCAUCGAGCUGGAUGAGGAGAGCAGGACCUUCAGGGUCUACGGGGAGAGCACAGAGGCAGUACGGAAGGCGAGGGGAUUCCUCGAGUUUGUUGAAGAUUCAGUUCAAAUCCCAAGGAACUUAGUUGGUAAGGUCAUUGGUAAAAAUGGGAAGGUCAUCCAGGAACUUGUAGAUAAGUCUGGUGUGGUUCGAGUGCGGAUUGAAGGAGACAAUGAUGGCAAACUCCCUCGACAAGAAAUACAGGGAAUGGUUCCUUUCACCUUUGUGGGCACGAAGGAGAGCAUUGGGAACAUCCAGGUUCUGCUGGAAUAUCACAUUUCGUACCUCAACGAAGUGGAGCAGCUGAGGCUGGAGAGGCUGAGGAUCGAGGAGCAGCUCCGGCACCUGGGUGUGGGCUGCAGGCCGGCGCCGGGGCGACCCAGCAACAGGGGCUAUGCCGCAGCGGAGAGUGGCUCUUCCCAGCGAGCAAACCGCCCCUAUGGAGCCCGGGGCCGGGGUCGCCGGGGCCCCAACCCUGCCUCUGGAUACGGGAUGAAAUCUGAGCAGUACAACACCUCCGAGACAGACUCAGAGAGGAAGGGAGAGCUGAGUGACGGAUCUGCAGGGGGAGAUGGCCGGGGGCGGGAAAGCCGAAAGGGGCUCACAGCGGCCCGUGGACGAGGAGGCCCUGGGGGACGGGGGCGUGGCACUGGGAGAGGAGCGACUGGUGCCUCAAUCGGCUCUGUGCUGAAAGAUCCAGACAGUAACCCGUACAGCGUCCUUGACAGUGAGCUGGAUCCGGGUACUGACAACGAUGGCAGUGACCCCCACCUGAGCGCAAGCAGGCGCCGUCGCUCCCGACGCCGCCGGACGGACGAGGAACCCACGCUAGUCGAUGUCAUGAGCGAGUCAGAUGCCUCGGCACACAAUGGGAGCGGCACUGCAACCAUUGCAGAUGACAUACCCGAGACGGAGCUUCAGGAAAGUCAGCUAAGCUCUAAGGGGAGGAACAACAAAAAUGAGCAGGGGGAUUGCUUGGAGGAAGAUCCUGCAGUCGUGACUGACAGCAGUCCCGGAGAUGCGUCCCGUGACGAUCCGGGAAAAACGGCAUGCGCUCCCGACGAGCCAGUGACGAAAAACGGUCACCAGGGUGACGGAGACCAGCUGAAUGUGCCCAAUGGGGUGACGGAGACCAGCUGAAUGUGCCCAAUGGGGUGACGGAGACCAGCUGAAUGUGCCCAAUGGGGCUUCCUAAGCGAUUCUGCUUUAUACCCUGUUUUACAGCAGUGCUCAUAUAGGCUCGCCAAAGACGACUGCCAGAUUUUUUUUUUAUAUACCGCACUUUUGAGUUCCAUUAUAAUGGAACAAAAUAAGAUAUAGCCUGCAGAAAACAAUAAAAAAUGUAAGAUAUUUUGUGCCUUCUAAAAGUAAUUUCAGAACACAUAUUUGCUGAUUUGGAUAACUUAUGUUGGGAUUACUGAGAUCGAUAGCACCCAUUAGGAAGAACGUUAACUGCUUUUCUCACUUUUUUAUAUGCAACCACUUUGUAAAUGAAUAUCUCGAAGCGCAUUCUGGGGGGGGGUUAUGUUUUGUUUGGUUUUUUUUUUGCACUGGAGCUUAGGUGGAAUUCUGUUAUGCUCACCUUUGGUCCAAUUCACUGUUCUGUUGGUGUCUGCUUCACAGAAAAAAGCAGUGACUCUUAGGAAAGAGACCUUUCAUUAUUUAUUUUAGAUUGUACAGUAUUUAAGACAAAAAAAAAACUUAACACUUAAACUGGCAGAAAAUGUUUUCAAUGCAAAUGUAAUCUGAGCUAGUCCAGUUCCAUACUUUGCUGUAUAUUUUUCUUUGUGCAGUAUGUUUUCUAUGCAGGUAAGUUCAAUAAAUGCUUUGUGGUUA